UUUGUAAAAUUCAGGUAACUUAGACCCACAGUAAAAUUGAUCAUCACGCCUCCCCCCCCCCUCUCUCUCUCUCUCUCUACCAAACCCUAGACCAUUUGAGCUACAAUCGAGUGCGUUUUUCAAGUGAAAAUGACGACGGAAGUGAAGCUCCACAUCUACGAUGUCACCAACAGCGAAUCUGAUAAAACUAACAACACUAUUCUUCAAAUUAACAAAAUCUUCAAAGACGGUAUUGGCCUUGGUGGCAUUUUCCAUAGCGCUGUCCAGGUUCACGGAGAGGAAGAGUGGUCUUUUGGCUACUGUGAGGAAGGUUCUGGAGUUUUUAGUUGCCCUUCUGGGAAGAAUCCUAUGUAUACAUACCGCGAGUGCAUUGUGCUCGGCAAAACAAACUGUUCAAUUCUCAAGGUUGCACAGAUUCUGAGGGAACUUAGUAGAGAAUGGCCUGGACAAUCUUAUGAUUUACUAUCGAAAAAUUGCAAUCACUUCUGUGAUGAGUUUUGUCAAAGGCUUGGAGUGCCCAGACUUCCUGGCUGGGUAAACAGGUUUGCCAAUGCUGGCGAUACUGCUGUAGAGAUUGCUGGAAACACUGCUUUCCGGUUGAGGCAGGCAAAGACUGAGAUUGUAACAGCAAGCAAAGUGGCAUAUCGUUUCCUUCUAGGUGUUGAUUCAAAUUCUGCGGCUUCUACAGAAUCUACCAACAGAGUUUGUCCUCCCAGAUUCCAGACUGAUUGGUUUAAAAGCCUUGUCUCUGCUGGUCCUAAACUAUCCAGUAAUUCAGAGGUUGGAGUAGGCGACGGGGAUGCCCUCUUGCAACAAAGACCAACAGAGGCCCUUUAAUUCAGAGACAAAUAUAGGAUCUGUUGUUUUAAUGUAUUAGCAACAUGAUGUAUGGAGAUUGGAGGGUGUUUCACCCGGUAGGAUCUGCUGUUUGUGGAUUUGUAAAGACAGCUGCAAAGGCGUUCAGAAUAUUUUCUUGUAUGAAUCUUUGUAAAAUGUUUCUUCGUGCAUUUGUUAUUUACAUGUCCAUUCUUGUAUGCUACUAGUCCACGGUUCAGUAAUAUGUCCACAAUUCUUUUUCUCUUCGUUCA